AUGACGGUGCUCUCUACCCCCCGAGCCUCGCGGGUGACCACGCUGAAGCGUACUGCCGUGGUCCUGGCCCUCGUGGCCUAUGGAGCCCACAAACUCUAUCCUCUGGUGCGCCAGUGCCUGACUCCGGCCAGGAGCCCUCAAGCACCGGCGGUGGCUGGGGAGCCUGCACAGGACGUCUCCGGUGCCCCCGUGGCCACAGUGGCCAAGGCCGGCGUCAACCGGGUGUUCUUGCAGCGGCUCCUGUGGCUCCUGCGGCUGCUCUUCCCCAGGAUCCUGUGCCGGGAGACAGGGCUGCUGGCGCUGCACUCAGCUGCCCUGGUGAGCCGGACGUUCCUGUCAGUGUAUGUGGCCCGCCUGGAUGGCCGGCUGGCCCGCUGCAUCGUGCGCAGGGACCCACAGGCCUUCAGCUGGCAGCUCGUGCAGUGGCUGCUCAUCGCGCUGCCUGCCACCUUCAUCAACAGUGCCAUCCGCUACCUGGAGGGCCAGCUGGCCCUGGGGUUCCGCAGCCGGCUGGUGGCCCACGCCUACAGCCUCUACUUCUCCCAGCAAACCUACUACCGGGUCAGCAACAUGGACGGGCGGCUUCGCAACCCAGACCAGUCCCUGACGGAGGACGUGGUGGCCUUCGCUGCCUCUGUGGCCCACCUGUAUUCCAACCUGACCAAGCCGCUCCUGGACGUGGCCGUGACCACCUACACCCUGGUUCGAGCGGCCCGCUCCCGUGGGGCCGGCACAGCCUGGCCCUCAGCCAUCGCUGGCCUCGUGGUCUUCCUCACGGCCAACGUGCUGCGAGCCUUCUCGCCCAAGUUCGGGGAGCUGGUGGCUGAGGAGGCACGGCGCAAGGGAGAGCUGCGCUACAUGCACUCCCGAGUGGUGGCCAACUCAGAGGAGAUUGCCUUCUACGGGGGCCAUGAGGUGGAGCUGGCCCUUCUGCAGCACUCCUACCAGGACCUGGCUUCCCAGAUCAACCUCAUUCUGCUGGAACGCCUGUGGUAUGUCAUGCUGGAGCAGUUCCUCAUGAAGUACGUGUGGAGCGCCUCAGGCUUGCUUAUGGUGGCUGUCCCUAUCAUCACUGCUACCGGUUACUCAGAGUCAGACUCGGAGGCGGUGAAGAAGGCGGCCCAAGCGAUGAAGGAGGGGGAACUGGUGAGUGAGCGCACGGAAGCCUUCACCAUCGCCCGCAACCUCCUCACUGCUGCUGCGGAUGCCAUCGAGCGGGUCAUGUCAUCCUACAAGGAGGUCACAGAGCUGGCUGGCUACACAGCCAGGGUCUACGAGAUGUUCCAGGUAUUCGAAGAUGUCCGGCAGUGCCGUUUCAAGAGGCCCGGUGAGUCGGAGGAUGCGCAGGCAGGGUCCGGGGCCAUCGUAAAGUCUGGCGUCCGCGUGGAGGGGCCCCUGCAGAUCCGAGGCCAAGUGGUGGAUGUGGAACAGGGCAUCGUGUGUGAGAACAUCCCCAUUAUCACGCCCACCGGGGAGGUGGUGGUAGCCAGUCUCAACAUCAGGGUGGAAGAAGGCAUGCACCUGCUCAUCACUGGCCCCAAUGGCUGCGGCAAGAGCUCCCUGUUCCGGAUCCUGGGUGGGCUGUGGCCCACAUACGGCGGUGUGCUCUACAAGCCCCCGCCCCAGCGCAUGUUCUACAUCCCCCAGAGGCCCUACAUGUCCGUGGGCUCCUUGCGUGACCAGGUUAUCUACCCCGACUCGGUGGAAGACAUGCGCCGGAAGGGCUAUUCUGAGGAACAUCUGGAAGGCAUCCUGGACAUCGUGCACUUGAACCACAUCCUGCAGCGGGAAGGAGGUUGGGAGGCCGUGUGUGACUGGAAAGAUGUCCUGUCGGGGGGCGAGAAGCAGAGAGUUGGCAUGGCCCGCAUGUUCUACCACAGGCCCAAGUACGCCCUCCUGGAUGAGUGUACCAGCGCUGUGAGCAUCGAUGUGGAAGGGAAGAUCUUCCAGGCGGCCAAGGAUGCAGGCAUUGCACUGCUUUCCAUCACCCACCGACCCUCCCUGUGGAAGUACCACACCCACUUGCUUCAGUUCGAUGGGGAGGGCGGCUGGAAGUUUGAGAAGCUGGACUCAGCCACCCGCCUGAGCCUGACUGAGGAGAAGCAGCGGCUCGAGCAGCAGCUGGCGGGCAUCCCCAAGAUGCAGCGGCGCCACCAGGAGCUCUGCCAGAUCCUGGGCCAGGGUCCUGGGGCCACCCAGGGUGCUGCCACUUGA